GCCUCGGGGAGAAAACCCACUUGUGCAUGAACGUGUUAGACGCCUGGACAAUGUGCUUGAAUACUAAAGAGAAACCACGCUGUAACACGUCACCGUGCAGAUUAUUUGCGAAAUCUAUUCCUUGUUUGUACACCAUGGAGAACCCAAUCCUUGAAGACCAAGCAUAUGAAGUGUUUAAGGAAGGAAUGGUCCUGGCAUUGGAAACGGUGAAACCGGAUGUUAAAAUGGAAGAUAUUGAUUUGUUCUUUUUCCCAAUUGUGCAACCGAAGCAUUGUUAUGUUGUGUGUUUCCACAUGAAGAAACAAAUUGUUGAAGUUUUGGACAACAUAGUUGAUCAAAUGCACUUUGAUGAAAAAUAUGGUGAGAUGCCAUAUAUACUGAUAGAUAUGUUUGUGGAUUACUUGUCUAAAGUGGGGCUUGAUAAUGACUCCAAUACAUUUUUCACAUCGAAUUUGAAGAGAUUGACAAUGAACUGGAGAGAAGCUAAAAAUGUGCACGAUUAUGGGUUGUGGAGCAUGAGGCAUAUGGAGACCUACAUGGGCCAAUGCAUCAAGUUAUGGGAUUGCGGAGUGAAGAAAGAGGAUGCAAAGCAACU